AUGGCUCAGACUCAAUAUUUCCCUCUUCUCCUCAUUGCUCUCUGCUCCAUAUCUGAAUGUGUUCAGCGUCAGUAUCACUUUAUCAAUGAGGAGAAGGAAUGGGCUGAAGCUCAGAGAUACUGCAGAGAGAAAUACACAGAUCUGGCCACUGUUGACAACAUGAAUGACAUGAUCCAGCUGAACAAGAGUGUGAAUGUGAAUGUGAAUGAUGGUGUCUGGAUUGGUCUUCAGGGUACAAAUGACAGUAAUUGGCAUUGGUCUUCAGGUGAUCCUGUGUUCUUUGUGAACUGGGCAUCUGGACAACCAGCCGGCAGUAAUAAUUGUACUGUUAUGACUAAUGGAAAGUGGUUUGUUGGAUCAUGUAGUAACACCUGGACUUUCAUCUGCAAAAUGAGCGGAGGACUGGUGUUUGUCAAUCAGACGAUGAACUGGAGAGAUGCUCAGAGUUACUGCAGACAGAAUCACAUUGAUCUGGUCAGUGUGAGGAACCAGAAUGAGAGUCAACAGCUGGAGAAGUUCAUUAAUGACAGUCAUAAAUUUGGAUCUGAAGUCUGGAUCGGUCUGUUCAGUGACCCAUGGCAGUGGUCAGAUAAGAGCAACUCCUCAUUCAGAUACUGGAAUGCUGAAAAAGCUAAAGCUCCAGAUGAUAAACACUGUGGAGUGGUUGAAAUGUCCAACCAGGGACAAUGGAGCGACUACUUGUGUAGUGUUAGAUGGCAGCUUCCUUUUGUGUGUCAUGAAGAUAAACUGAUUGUGGUCCAGCAGAAUCUGUCGUGGUCUGAAGCUCUGAGAUACUGCAGACAGAAUCAUGUGGAUCUGGUCUCGGUUAAGUCAGUGGAGAUGCAAUAUAAGGUGAUGAACGUGGUUAAACUGGCGUCUACUGAGGCGGUGUGGUUGGGUUUACGUCACUCCUGUGCUUUGGGCAUCUGGUUCUGGGUGAGUGGAGAGACCGUGUGCUAUCAGUACUGGGCUCCAGGGAACGGCACAUCAGAGGAGGACUGUGAGCCCACAGUGAGAUCUGGAGCAGUUCAGUCUGGAGGAAAUCAGACCUGGAUCAGCCGUCCUGAAACUGACCAACUCAACUUCAUCUGCACAAACUACUGAGAGUGAAGAAGUAAGAUGAGGAAUGUGUUCUGUUUUCAUUUAUAAUUGGAUUGUGAAGUAACAUUUUACUUAAUAUUUGACAUCAACUUUAGUAGGCAUUAAUGUCUUAUCACAGCAAGUGUGAAGCAUUGCUUAUCUUGCUCAGGAUUAGUUGUGAGAUGUUUUUUGGUUGUUGUUUUUGUUUUAACUAUUGCAGAAGAGGUGAUAAUCUUUGUAUGUAAUUUACCUGCAUGGACACUUAAUCUCACACUAGUUGUGAACCCAGCAUAACACUACAGUAGUAAUUGGUAAUUUUGAAGCACAGCAUUGUGGGGAUUUGGCAUCUUUGAGAAACUGUAAUGGUUUUGAGCUCAAAUCUUGUUGACAGAGUCAGAAAUUCAUCAAAUCAAGCUUUAUGUUGUACCUCAUGCAAAUGACUUUAAUUUUUAAUGGUUUGUCAUUAGAGUAAACCUUCCAUGAACCCAUGUCUAAUUACCAUCUGACCUCUGAUCAGUUUUGUACAUUUGUAAAUAUUUUAAUGACACAUUUGGAAAAAAGAGCUGGUGUAGUUUAACUCUUGAUCUGACUUAACAAAAAAAGAUUACACAAAAAAAAAAAAAAUUUCAAAGCACAUAUUAUUUGACAUAUUAUUUAAGCACUUCAAAAAAAAAAACUGAUUAAUUUUGUGCGGUGAACAGUUCAUUCAAAGUGUUUGGGGUUUGUGGUGUUUUUAUCUGUUGUUAGAACAAGCUUUAUUAACUAUGAAGGGGCCGGAUUAACCAAUGUGCAUUAUGGGCACAGGCCCAGGGGCCCGUGCGCUCUCGGAGGCCCUGCGAGGCUGGAAAAAAAUGCUAAUUUUGGAGUGUCUAUUUAGGCUAAAUGCAAAUAGCGCACCUCAUUGGAAUAAGCUAGUUGAGUGAUUCCUGCCCAUCACCGUUUUAUUGACAGAGAAAACAUAACUAAUGAGCGCGACACAUAGCAGCGGGAGUGGCGUAAGUAGUAAAGUGCAUGGCAUCUUGUUUUGACGCAAUCAUGAACCCGGUUAGAAUCCAGCGUCUGAUGAACUCAUUUUUUUCCCCCACUACAUAUCUGAUUUUGCCUACACUUCAUGAUAAGGAAGACAAGUAGGAAUCAUUACUGUAUGUGUAUUAUGGAGGACUCAGAUUCAUAGACCUGGAUUGGAGAGGUUUUAUCCAAAUCAUAUGCAUUACAAGUUGGUACAAGUUAUACAUUAA